CCUUGACGACCCUUCAUUUGUGAAAUUUACAUGACAACAAAAAGCCACAAUGUCUCAUAUUUACCUAAAUAAAACGUUUAUUGGCAAGGAUAUAAGGGACAGAUUUCUUGUGGCAUGCGAAAAGGGUGAAAUUGGGACAGUUACAAAAAUACUGCGUCUUCAUGUACCCGCAAAUACUAAGGAUGAAUAUGGAAAGAGUGCUUUAGCAAGAGCUUGCGAAGGGGGCCAUGCUGAAGUGGCACGACUACUUAUCGAGGCAGGUGCUGAUGUCAAUGCCAAGCAAUCUGGUCUAGUCACUUCACUCCACUUGGCUGCAAAGGGAAAACAUGCAGAAGUUGUGAAACACUUGCUCUUAAAUGGUGCAACAAUUGAUGCUAAAACAUCAUCAGGGCUGCGGCCCAUUGAUUUUUUAAAACAUGAGUCAGCGUUAUGGAACUUGUUCAAUGAUGCAAUGCGUGGAGACUUACCAGAACUUGAAGAUAUUCCUGAUGUGCCAGAGAUACCAGACUAUGCCCUGCCAGAUGGGGCAGAGCCUAAGAAAGGCAAAAAGGGAAAGAAAGGCAAGAAAGGAAAGAAAAAGGGAGGAAAGAAAAAAGGUGGAAAGAAAAAGGGUGGCAAGAAAAAGAAGAAGAAAAAGUAAUGGCAGUUAGAAAAAAAACAGAAUAUAUUAUUUUUGUAUUUUAUUAUAAAUAUUAUCAAAUAUCUGUGAUAUAAACAUUCUCAACAAGUUGAAAGUCAGAAUGCUUAUACAAUGGACAGAAUAAAUUAGCAUAGAAAUUGUAUGAGACUUGAUUUGGUAGAAGGACUCUUAAGUCACUUGUGGCAUAAAUCAAUUUGUGAAGACUUUGUUAAAAAUGAUUCCUACUAUGGAUAUCACCAUGUUGUGUUAUAUUUUAUGUUUUCAUAACAAGACAGUCCUUGUUUUGUUUUAUUAAAAUGUAUCAUGUCUUUCUGCUCUAUUUAAUCAGAAUAUAAUUUAUUAUUUCCUCAACACUUUUUGGAUGCAAUUGUUCAAUUUUGAUAAUCCUGUUAAACAAACAAUCAAGUAUCAUACUGUAUGUGACUGGAAUCUUAUUUCUCUGAAAAUGACAUUUCAAAACAAAUAUGUAAGAUCUAUAACAAUUAUUCGAAUGCUGUUAUGUUUGCUUUAUCAAACUAAUUAAGAACAAUAAAUUUUAAUAUUAUUAAUGCUAUUUGUGUACAAAAGUCACUUUGGUAUAUCUACACAAAUGGCCAUUUUUUUUAAAGAUAUCAAAGUUAACAAAAGAUUUUGCAGAAAGUUAGUUUUAUAAAAUAAAUUUCAAAUAAGAAAUGCUUGAAUAAUAUAUUACAAUUGAUGAUAGUGUGUGUCCCAAGUUCAGUCCAUACAUUUAUAUUGGCUUUUUGACCUUCUCCCACUCAGAAACAAAGUUAAAAUUGCUAUGUGCAAACAGCAUAAAACAAGAAGGGUCUGCGAGUAACUCGCAGACUGUUCAGGAUUUAUGCUUUUUGCUGCUCAUCAAUAUCUAAGGGUUUGAAAUGAAGCCUUAAAAACUUGACUUUAGUUAAAAGGUAUUUAUUUAAAUUUAACUUUCUAAGGGACUGCAAAUGCAUCUAACUACCUAACUAAGUGGUAAAGGGUUAAAUAACAAUCUAAAGCUGGUUAUUCUUAACAUUUUUUGUAUGGUCCCAUGAUUGUUUUAACUACUGCAAAUUGCUACUUCAUUAUAUGCCAUGGUUGACUUGUAAACUGUAAAUAUUCUGCAGAAUUUUGUUUUGUUUAGUUGUUCGAUCUGUUAUUAAGUAUGUAUUUAAGCAUUUCGUCAAUAUGCAAUUGUUCAAUAAAAGUAGAAUGAAU